CCUCCGCCCAGCUAUACUGGACACGCCCAUCACUGUCUCUUCCUCAUGUCAUCAUGAGCUGAAGAGACAUCUGACCUCGGGACUGCACAGAAGAGAGACAAGAAGAAAAAAGAGAAAAGCUUUACUAAGGUGUGAAGAAGACGAGCAUUUCAACAGUAUGGGCUCUAGCCAGAGCAGCGAGAAAUUACACUGCAACCGCUACCUGGACGGACAGGGUCCUCCAUCACUGGUACAACAAGCUAGUGAAGAGGUGAAUGGGGUGAACGGAGUACUGCCCGGCUGCCAGCCAAAGGGCCAGAUGACCUGGGUGAUCCUCCACAGAGACCUGAGAGGAUUCCCUGAUGACAACACUCUUCAGAUCAACUACAAAUUCCCAGAUGGAAUCCAGUCGGAGAAACACCCUCAGCCUGGCCAGCCUUACGCAGGGCUUCGGCUCUGUGCUUAUCUGCCUGACAACCGCGAGGGUCGGAGGAUUCUCAAGCUACUGGAGAAGGCCUUCAACCAGCAGCUCCUGUUUACUGUUGCCACCAACGCAAAUGGAGAGGACACGGUCGCUACAGCGUCCAUUCCCCUAAAAACACAACCGGACGGAGCUGACGGCUACCCAGAUGCUGACUACCUGAAGAAUGUGAAGAAGCUACUGAGGGAUAGAGGCAUUGAAUAACACACGACACACACUGCUUGAUCGACAGAUAUGAAGGCAGAGACUUCAAAUUAAAGUUUAUCUCUGAAUGACCAGAGAACCUGUGCUAUAGAUACACACAUAUAUAUAAAUGACUAGAAAAUGUCUUUUUUAAAAAAUAGUAUGGAUGGUUGUUGUUGUCAGUGUGUGAUCUUGAGUGUAAUCUGUGUAUUAAUACAUUAUUUGAGUUCUAAGUUUUUUUAAUUUAUUAUAACAUGUACUCCAACUUUU